AUGCCGCCGCCGCCGCCCUCGGAGCAGGCCCUGGACGAGCUGCUGGCCAGCAAGGAGGCGGAGUGGCGGGCGCUGCAGGCCCGCCGCACGCAGCUGCAGGAGGCGGCGCUCCAGGAUGCGCUCGGCCAGCUGGAGGAGGCCCGGGGCAGGCUGCGGGGCCUGCAGGGGGACUUCGUCUACAACCUGCAGGUGCUGGAGGAGCGGGACCGCGAGCUGGAGCGUUCGGACGCCGCCCUCGCCCAGGCCCGGCGGCUGGAGGAGGCGCAGCGGGCUGAGGUCAGCGAGCUGAAGAUCGAGGUGGCCAAGCUGCGGCAGGCACUGGCGGAGGGGGCCCGGCAGCUGGAGGACCUGCAGCGGCAGCGGCAGCGGGAGGAGCAGGAGCACCACCUGGCGCUGCAGCGGGCGCUCAGCGACAAGAGCAGCAAGAUGGACCAGCAGCGGGAACAGUGCGAGGCGCUGCGCUGGAGGCUGGAGCGGCGGCUCGAGGAGCUGGACGGCGAGCUCGCUCUGCAGAGGCAGGAGCUGCUGCUGGAGUUUGAGGCCGACAUGCGGAAGCGGGAGCAGGAGUUCCAGCUGCGCGCAGACAGCAUGAGCGGCGUGGCCUUGGCCCAUGAGCUCAAGGUGAAGCUGCUGAACAAGGAGCUGGCAGCUCAAAGGGAAGCCAGCGCCCAGGCCGCCGCAUCUCUGCAGGGCGCCCAGGCCGCCGCCGCGGAGCUGGAGGGCAGGCUGCAGCGCACCGCCUGGGAGCUCAGGGACCUCGCCGCCGUGAAGGACGCCCGGAUAAAAGACUUGGAGGACAAACUUCAGUCCUUGCAGCUGACCCGGAAGAAGGAAGAGGAGACGUUCAGGAGGAAGCACGAGGAGCUCGACCGAGCGGCCCGGGAAAGGGAUGCGGUGCUGGUGUCGGUGAAGGGCGCCCACGCGGAGCAGCUGCGGGCGCUGGAGGCCCGGGUCCUCGAGCUGCAGGCCCAGUGCGAGGCCCUCGAGCUGCAGGCCCGCCGGGCUGAGUCGGGGCAGGCGGACGCGCUGAAGAAGAAGGACGCCGCCAUCGACAAACUCCGGGAAGAGGCGGCCGUGCUGCGAUCCAGCUGGGAUGCCCAGGUCGCUCAGCUGUCCAAGGAGAUGGCCUCCAAGGACCUGCGGGUCCAGUCGCUGCAGGAGGAGGAAGUGGAGCUCAAGGCGCAGCUGGCCCGGUGCCGGCAGGACAUCGGAAGGUACCAGCAGCAGCUGUCUCUGGCCGCGGAGAGGGAGCAGAGCCUGGAGCGCGACAAGGUGCAGCUGGGCCUGGACUGGCAGCGGCGCUGCGCCAGCCUGGAGCGGGACCACUACUGCCAGUCCGAGGGGCUGAUCCAGGGCCUGGCCGAGGCCAGGGAGCAGGCUGCCGCCAGGCUCCAGGAGGCGGAGCGAAGGCUGUGCGACAAGGAGGCGGUGCUGGCGGCCGUGACCCUAGAGAGGGACCAGGCCCUGCAGGCCCUGAGGACCCACGGGCUCCUCCCAGAGCAGAAGGAGCAGGGGCUCCCGAGGCAUCAAGGAGAAGAAGCGGGUGCGAGUGUCCCGUCUGCGGAGUUGCAGCGGCUGCGGGAGCAGAACACGAGCCUGCGGGGAGCCGUCGCCCGCAUGAGGGCGGAGAUGGAGGCCCUGAGCCGGCAGGUGCUCCCUCCGGCCCCGCUGGCGGGGGGCGCGGUCAGCGCCCCGCAGCCCGGGGAGCAGCCCGGCACGCAGCCUGGCGAGCAGGCCACCGCCGCCCCUGAUUACGUUCUAGCCCUUGAGGCAGAAAUACGAGAUCUCAAGUGCAAAUUUAAAGCCCUGGAAGAACAGCUGGGAGAUGUGCCGGAGCCCCCGAAGGUGUCCCCGCCGCACAGUGAGGCCACGCCCAGCGUCCCCCCUGCAGCGGAAGCCACUGGAGGGGCCGCGCCCGUGGACGGGGCGUGCGUGGGGUCAGCGCUCAGGCGGCUGGGAGGCAGGACCCGUCUGCUGAACUUCCUGGUGGCCCGGCUCCGGCGGAAGGUGCUGCAGGAGCCCCUGGAGGUGGACGAGGUGGACCAGGUGCACCUGGAGGCGCUGGAGCUGCAGGCGCAGGUGGCCGAGCUGGAGAAGCACCUUGGGACAGCGCGACAGGGAGGCGGGGAGCCUCCGGGCGGGUGGCGGCCGCGCGCACCGGGCCCCGAGGCCCUCGGGAGACAGGGCCUGGCAGCUGGGGGACCCGCAGGGGCCGAGGACCCAGGGGCGCAGCCCCCGCAGGCUGCAUCCGUGCGGCAGCUCCAGAGGAAGCUGAAGGAGGCAGCGCGGGCCGCUUUCCGCCUGCGCCAGGAGAAGGAGCAGCUGCUGGAGCUGGGCAACCGGCUCCGGGCCGAGCUGGGCCGGCCGGCAGGGCCACCGCACCAGCCCCGCGCGGGCGCUGAGGCCCAGGACCCCGGGGUGGCGCCCGAGACGCACCCCCAGCGGGGCCCGGCUUUGAAGCAGCUGCAGCCGCCCCUCCCAGCUCAGAAGCAACACAAAAUCUCCACAGCGACUUGCAAGUCAGCUUGUCAGAAAGAAAACCUGUCCCCAAAGCCGCAGCAGGCUCACAGGGUCCACCCGGACAGCGGCCACCACACCCAGGGGUCCUCGCUUGCCAGUGGCUCCCUCCAGGACACCUGGAAGUUGCUUGACCUGGGAUCCAGCCCUUCCGGUCUCACCUCCCAGGACGACUCGGCUCCAGCCCCCGACCCGUCAUCAGAGAUGGCCUUAGGCACCGGGGACCUCCAGCCCGAACCUGACAGUGUCGAGGUUCCCUGCCCACAAGAGCGCACAGCACCUCCGGCGGCCGACAGCCGGCGACACCCCGAUGCGAGCCCCGCCGAGACACGGGCGGCCUUCGCCAUCAGAGGGGUGAAGGUGGAAGCCCAGGCCAAGGCCAAGCCCACCAGACCCUCCAGGGCUCACCCUGUGAAACCUAAAGGCUGCCGGCAGCCCCCCAAGAUCCGGAACUACAACUUCAAGGACUGACCUCACCUCUCCCCUGCCCUCUCCCCACCUCCGCUCUCUCUGCAGCAGGGGUACAGGUGUGCCCCUGCGGGGGGCCGUGAGCGGCAGCACGGGGACCCCAGGACUGACGGGGUGUCCCACAGA